CAGUUUUGCAACCGCAUUGACGGCAGAAUUUGACAAGCGGGCGCGGAUUUUGUAAACAGCUAUCAGUGACCUAAUUUAUCACUUUUAUGAACACAAUUUAAUGGGUUCUUGUUAAUUCUACCUUAUUUUUGUGCAAUUCUAUUUAUUCUAAAUAAUAUAGUUCAUCAAGUAGUAAUUUUAAAGGUGUCUGGAAACUUUUUUUCUUAAAUAGAAUGGCUACAGGCUGGCUCUGUCAGCUAGCAUGCUAACACCGCUUAGAGCAGCGGAGAGGCUGCCCGGAGGAGCGGCCGUUUCUGGUGUAAGAGAACAGGCAUGCUCAUAGUGCAUCUUCUUGGUCGAUCCUCACUUCGAUCGGGACUCUUUCGGUUAAAACUCCAGCCGAGGUUUCUCUGUGCCGCACAACGCAGCCGGUGUACAGACACUACAGAAGAGGCGAACAUGAUCCGGAGCAGGACUCAAAUCAAGCGGGUCCUCUGUGUGGCCGAGAAGAACGAUGCAGCCAAAGGCAUCUCCGAAAUCAUGUCCAACGGCAGAUCUCGGAGGAGGGAAGGAAUGUCCAAGUUUAAUAAAAUCUAUGAAUAUGAAUACUUCCUCUUUGGUCAGAAUGUGACGGUAACCAUGACAUCUGUGUCGGGUCACUUACUGGGUCUGGAGUUCAAAGCUCCUUUUCAGAAAUGGCACAGUUGUAAUCCUGUGAUGUUGUUUGAUGCAGAAGUAGAGAAGUUUUGUCCAGAUAACAUGAUUCAAAUUAAGCGGACAUUAGAGAAGGAGGUGAGGCAAUGCCAGGCAUUGAUCAUCUGGACUGAUUGUGACAGAGAGGGAGAAAACAUUGGCUUUGAAGUGAUUGAUGUUUGCAAAGCAGUGAAGUCUAACUUGCAAGUCUUCAGAGCAAAGUUUUCUGAGAUCACGCCCGGUUCCAUUCGGAGAGCGUGUGAGACUCUCACAGAGCCAGAUGCAAACAUCAGCGAUGCUGUCGAUGUGCGGCAGGAGCUGGAUUUACGGAUAGGUGCAUCCUUCACUCGAUUCCAGACGCUCCGCCUGCAGAAGAUUUUCCCAGAAUCGUUGGCCAACCAGCUCAUCUCAUACGGCAGCUGUCAGUUUCCCACUCUGGGCUUUGUAGUAGAGCGCUUCAAAGCCAUCAAAGCUUUCAUACCAGAGACUUUCUACAAAAUCAAAGUGCUGCACACGCUGGAGGAAGACACGGUGGAGUUCAACUGGAAACGAAACCGGCUCUUUAACCACACCUGCUGCCUGGUGCUCUACCAGAUCUGCAUGGAGGAUCCCAUAGCAACAGUCACCUCAGUAACAAGCAAACCAAAGAGUAAAUGGAGACCGCUGCCUCUGGACACUGUGGAGCUAGAGAAGCUGGGGUCUCGGAAACUUAGAAUAAACGCCAAAGAGACCAUGAAGAUUGCUGAAAAGCUCUACACCCAAGGGUUUAUCAGCUAUCCUCGCACAGAGACCAACAUUUUCCCUGCUAACUUGGCCUUGGCGCCCCUGGUGGAGCAGCAAACUCACAGCUCAGUGUGGGGGACGUUUGCCCAGCGGGUGCUUGACCAGCCUGGGGGGCCCAACCCACGGCAGGGCAAAAACUCUGACCAAGCCCACCCCCCCAUCCACCCCACCAAGUACACUAGUUCUCUGCAGGGAAAUGAAGCUCGUGUCUACGAGUUCAUUGUUCGACACUUCCUGGCCUGUGUGUCCCAGGAUGCUUUGGGGCAGGAGACUGUGGUGGACAUAGACAUCGCUCAAGAGCAGUUUUCCGCCUCUGGGCUCAUGAUUAUUGCCAGGAACUAUUUGGAUGUUUAUCCGUACGACAAGUGGAACGCAAAGGUGAUUCCGGUGUAUGAACAAGGCUCUCAGUUCCAGCCCUCCGCCAUUGAGAUGGUAGACGGACAGACGAGUCCACCACAGCUUCUGACUGAAGCCGACCUCAUUUCGCUGAUGGAGAAGCACGGCAUCGGAACUGAUGCCACCCAUGCAGAGCACAUCGAGACUAUCAAAAGCCGCACGUAUGUGGGUUUAACAGCAGACCAGAGGUUUCUGCCAGGAGAACUCGGCAUGGGAUUAGUUGAAGGUUACAACUCCAUGGGCUAUGAGAUGUCCAAACCAAACCUGCGCUCUGAGCUGGAGGCCGACCUCAAGCUCGUUUCAGAGGGUCGGAAGGACAAACGUAGCGUGCUGCAGCACCACAUCCAGAAGUACAAGGCCGUCUUCAUCGAGUCUGUCAGGAAGGCAAAGAAGUUAGAUGAAGCUCUGUCAGCAUAUCUGGGUGCAGCUCUGGAGAUCCCUGAAACACAGCAGCAGGACCUGGAGAUGCAGCUGCCGGUGAGGAAGUGUCCAAACUGUGGUCGGGACAUGGUGCUGAAGAGGAAGAGGGAGGGAAACAGUCGGUUCCUGUCCUGUGUGGGUUACCCAGCCUGUAAAACAGCAGUGUGGUUCCCUGACACGGUUCUGGAGGUCAGCAGAGAUGAAAGCAUCUGUCCCACAUGUCAGCCAAACCCCAUCCACAUGUUGAAGUUCAAGUUCCGCAGAGGCUCCCUUCCUCCCAUGAUGCCUCUGGAGUUUGUGGGCUGCAUUGGUGGUUGCGACGAGACGCUCAGAGAAGUUCUGGACCUGAAAUACCUCAGAGGAGCUGGAGGAGGGGGUGGCGGUGGAGGAGGUGGUGGUGGAAGAGGGGAUGAUCCUCCUUCUCCUCCUCCUCCAAGGCCUCCUAGAGCAGCACCACCUAGAGCUCAGAGCAGUUUUCCUUCUCCUCCUUCCUGGAACCCCCAGCCAAGACCUCCACCAGGGGGCAGCAGUGUGCCCAUAGAGAACAGCAAUGAUGUGAUUGUGUGCAACUGUGGUCAGGAGGCGCUGCUUCUGACUGUGCGCAAAGAUGGGCCCAACCAAGGCCGGCAGUUCUACAAGUGCAACUCAGGGGGCUGCAACUUUUUUUUGUGGGCUGAUCAGCCCAGCCAGCAGGGGGCGCCGCAGAGUCAAGGGCCAGCACCAUCAGUACGUAGAAUCCAACAGCUUCCGAGGUCCUCUGCAGGGUUCAGAAACACUUCUGCAGGUGACAGAGGGCAGGAAGCAGGUGGAUCAGGGCAUUCGGGAGAGACCAUGUGCAACUGUAACCAGACUGCUGUGACUCGAACCGUCCAGAAGGACGGGCCCAACAAGGGGCGCAUGUUCCACACCUGCGGGAAACCUAGAGAGCAGCAGUGUGGAUUCUUCCAGUGGGCUGAUGAGAACGUCCCUCCACCAGGCGGUGGGUUUAAUACUUUUGAAAAUGGAAGAAGGAAGGCAAAGGGGGACUCGAACAAACCGCCUACCGCCAAGAAACCUCGCCUCUGCGGCAACUGCCACAUGCCGGGACACACCCGGGUCACCUGUCCACAGCGGUGACCACUCCGGAAACGGUUGCAAGAGAUACUUUCUGAAGAUGACCUCCUCUGAUCUGGAUGGGAAGCAUUCACCGACAAACCUGAACUGCCAAGCACCUGAACUGCACAAAUAUACCUGCUAAUUAAAGACUGUCUAGCCUGGAGGAAAGCUGGAGAGAUGCAUCCACACUUUGAGAGACGAGGUGUUGAACUAUUAAAAAAAAAGUCUUGUAUGUGUUUAAAACCCCAGUAACAUGGAAAGGAUGUUUAGCAUUUCAUUUCAAAUGUCCUCUGCUGGCCUUGGCUGUAACAAUAACCUCACGGCUCCUGAUGAAGAUCGGGUGAUGGAAGGGAGUGAUGCUGCUGCAGAAGCAGUGCUGCCCUCAAUGACUCAGAGUUUCAGUGUUUGCAAGAAGUUUAUGCCUCAUUAUUGUUGUGUUAUAGAUCAAUAAACUAACUUUUGAUUAUUUUUACAUCGAAGUGUCUUAAGAAGUAAUUGGAAAUUUUACAUUUGUAAAGUAUGUCAAUGAAAACACACUUUAGUGGAAUGACGACAAUGACAAUUAUUUCAUGUUUCCACAACAAACUUUUAAAGUAAUAAACUUUAAAGUUAUCCAGA